AUAAAACUUUAAAAAGUAUUAAAGAAAAUUUCAAAAAGUAAAGAUGUUAAAAAUUAGAAAGGAUAAUAUAAAUGUUAAAAAUUGGUCAAAAUAGUCAUUUUGUGUAAAAAUUUCUUGAUUAUUUGCAAGAUCAUGGUAUUUUAGGGUUACUAGCAUAUAUGUAUGUCCACUAUAUAUAUAGCUUAGUAAGUCAUCGACUAUGGUGUCUCUUCUAACUUAAAGAUUUUGAGCAAAGGUUGUUCUUACUGCAUAGCAAGAAGUAUUGUGUUAUUGUACUUAUUACAACCAAAAUCAAGAAUUAAUCAUGGUGAAUAAUUUUGGGUUGUUCCCUGAUGAGCAACAGAAGAAUUUACGUUUUCUAGAGCUUACAAGAAUGAUAAUUGAAUCAAUGGAUGCUAUAGAUGAUUCGAUUGAAAAAAUAAAUGUGAAAUUGAAUCCUAAUAACCCUGUUGAUGUUAGAGCACAAUCUUGGAAUGUAGAGGAAAAAAUGAAGAUGUACACAAUGGUUUACACCAUUCUCAGCUCGAAUGAGGUACAAGGCUUUCAUUCUUUCGCAAUAGAUGAGUAUUAUGGAAAAUUUGAGAGGACGCUGAUGCAAAGGAUUUCAAACUAUGUGAUUCCUUCAUUGGAAAAUCAUAAGUUUGGGGAAGAAUUAUUGUUUAUGACUGAAGUUGCUAAGCAAUGGUCACAAGUGGAUGAAUACAGAAGAAAUCUCCAUAUUAUAUUUUUACAUCCUGAGAAAAUGGUAAAGGGUAGUUUAGGGAUUUUCAAACCUUUAUUGGUUGAUAUUUGCAAAGCCAAAUUCUGUGACAUGGUUUGGGACAAAUUCCACAAUGAAAUCGACCUUUCAGUAACUAAGAUGAUGGAAUCAGGAGUGUUUGACAAUGAAAGUAAUAAUAUUCCACUGAAGGAGGAAGUGGUCAAAUUCUUGAAUGAGAUGAAGAAAGUGUCUAAUGAAAAGUUGAAGAAGACUUUGAACAUUGUCAAAUUGGAGUGCGUAGUAGAAGUACCAAGCUACAACUACAAUAUAAUAAUAUCAUUCAUUAAUGCUGCUGAUUUCAUUAUAUAAUAUUCUUUUGUUGUUUAGUUUUGGGAUUUUGAUUAGUUAUUUUUGGAUUUACUAGUAAAAUUAUACGUGCUCGUGAAUUAUA